CUCAUUAAUGAGCUCCAUAAAUAAGGGGCAACAUAUAGUAACACCUUUGAGACCUAAUAUAUACACACACAUGCAAGUUAACACAAAGUAAAAGCUACAAAUUAAUUAGUAAUUAAAGAGGAAUCAAUUGAGGCAAAGAUGUCAAGUGUUAUAAUGCAAUUUGCGAUUCCUACCCAAACUAAUAUUCUUCAUAAGUUAUGCAAUGUGAGUUCAAAACGACAUAGUUUGAGCAGUCAUCGGGCACGUUGCUCAUUGCAAGCGGGUGGACGACGAAGUGGAGGCUACCAACCUACCCUUUGGGAUUUCGACUCUAUUCAAUCCUUCAACUCUGGCUAUAAGGAAGAGAGGCACCUGCAAAGGGCCGCGGCUUUGAUUGAGCGGGUGAAGACGCUGCUGCUGCAGAAACCUCAACCAUGUUUGGAGCUGAUUGACGACCUGCGAAGCUUGGGUAUAUCUUGUCAUUUCCACCACGAAAUCGCUCAAAUCCUCAACUCCAACAACAUUAAUCACACACAUUUGUACGAAACAGCUCUUAGAUUCAGACUCCUAAGGCAGCACGGUUUUACCGUCUCUCAAGAAGUAUUUGAUUGUUUCAAGAAUGACAAGGGUACUGAUUUCGAGCCAAGCCUGUGUGACGAUACCAAAGGAUUGCUACAGCUGUAUGAAGCUUCAUUUCUAUCAGCACAUGGAGAAGAGACCCUUGAUCUUGCAAGAGAAUUUGCAACUAAAUUCCUGCAGAAAAGAAUAGUAGUUGAUGAUGAGGUUGAACGAGCGUUGGAGUGGCCUACUCAUUGGAGGGUUCAAAUGCCAAACGCAACAUCCUUCAUUGAUGCUUAUAAGAGGAGAGCCGAUAUGAAUCCAAUUGUGCUAGGCCUAGCCAAAUUGGACAUAAAUAUUGUUCAGGCACAGUUUCAACAAGAACUCAAAGAAACCUCUAGGUGGUGGGAGAGAUUGGGGCUUGUGAAGGAGCUUCCUUUUGUGAGGGAUAGAAUAGUGGAGUGCUACUACUGGACGACUGGAGUCCUUGAGCAUCGUCAACAUGGUUAUGAGCGGAUAAUGCUCACCAAAAUAAAUGCUCUUGUUACAACAAUUGACGAUGUCUUUGAUAUUUAUGGUACGCUUCAAGAGCUGCAACUAUUCACAACUGUUAUUCGAAGAUGGGAUCUUGAAUCAAUGAAGCAACUUCCCCGUUACAUGCAAAUAUGUUAUCUUGCACUCUACAACUUUGUUAAUGAGAUGGCUUACGAUACUCUCAAGGACAAAGGUUUCAACUCCAUCCCAUUUCUACGAAAAGCGUGGGUUGAUUUGAUUGAGGCAUAUCUGAUAGAGGCAAAGUGGUACUACAAGGGACAUAAACCUAGCUUGGAAGAAUAUCUCAACAAUGCUUGGAUAUCAAUCGGAGGAAUCCCCAUUUUGUCACACCUCUUUUUCCGGCUAACUGAUUCGAUAGAGGAGGAGGCUGUUGAGAGCAUGCAUACAUACCAUGAUAUUGUUCGUGCAUCAUGUACGAUUCUGAGGCUUGCUGAUGAUCUGGGAACAUCACUGGAUGAGGUGGAGAGAGGCGAUGUGCCUAAAUCAGUCCAGUGUCACAUGAAUGAGGAGAAUGCUUCAGAACAAGAGGCACGAGAGCAUUUGAGAUCACUCAUAGAUCAGACAUGGAAAACAAUAAAUAAGGAGAUGAUGAUGGCAUCCGAUUCUCCAUUUUCCAAAUAUUUUGUGGAAGUUGUUGCUAAUCUUGCAAGAAUGGCACAAUUUAUAUACCAACAUGAAUCUGAUGGAUUCGGCAUGCAACACUCAUUGGUAAACAAAAUGCUCAGAGGCUUGCUGUUCGACCCCUAUGAAUAACGGAUGAUCUUCUGCAUGCAUGCCAAGGAUUGGGGGAAAGCAAUCUGCCGUCUAACCUAGCUAAUAUGGUUAUUUAGAAGAUGAAAGAAAUUAUAAUAAUUAAUAAUCAUGUUUUUAUGUUGCAUGCGAAUUAAAUAAUUAUGACUAGAUUUUAAGCAUUCAGAAGCAGUUAUGCUUACCCAACAUUAUAUAUGUAGUUAUUCUGUCUGUAGUAAUGCACUA